GGUGCCCCGCGGCUGACAGAGAAUCCUCGGGGGGCUCCAGCACCACAGGCAGGGACGGGUGGGAGCAGGGACGCGGCUGCUGCCCACAGCCCCACACGGGACUCUGGUCCCUGCGAGGCGUCUCCCCACUGCAUCUCACAGCCCUGAUUGGUUUAAAGUCUGCGUGUUAUCAUCCACCCCAGCCCGGGGCUCAUAAAAUGCCACAGGGAGCCGGUGCUGCUGCCACUGCCCCUGCCUGGCCGGCCCCAUGGGUUCCGCGUCCUUCCUGAAGAGGGCCCAGGCCCUGCUCCACGUCCGCAACCGGCUCCUGCGGGAGUGCCUGGCCGAGCUGCUGGCCGUCUUCGUGCUCAUCCUGAUCACGCUGAGCGGCUCGGCGCAGAUGGUCACCAGCUCCGGGACCAAGGGGAACAUCCUCACCUCCUACCUGGCGGGUGCCCUGGCUGUCAUGGUGGCCGUUUACACAGCGGGGGGAGUCUCUGGGGCUCACCUGAACCCAGCUUUCUCCCUCUGCAUGUGCCUGCUGGGGCAGCUCCCGCUGUGGAAAUUUCCCAUUUUUGUGGCCGUGCAGACCUUGGGAUCUUUCAUCGCCGCCGGAGCCGUCUACGCCCUGUACUAUGAUGCCAUCCAGUUCUACAGCAACGGGACCCUCACUGCCUCCGGCCCCCUGGAGACCGCCUCCAUCUUCGCCACGUACCCUGCCAAGUACCUCUCUCUCUCCAAUGGCUUCCUGGACCAGGUGAUGGGCACGGCGCUGCUGAUCAUGGGCAUCCUGGCCAUCACCGACACCCGCAACAAGGGCGUCCCCAAGGGCCUGGAGCCGGUGGCCGUGGCCCUGCUGGUUUUCUCCAUCGAGGUCUCCAUGGGCUCCAACUGCGGCUGCCCCAUGAACCCCGCGCGGGAUUUCGGGCCCCGGCUCUUCACCUACGUGGCGGGCUGGGGCGCGGAGGUCUUCAGCAGGGACAACGCCUGGUGGUGGGUGCCGGUGGUGGCCCCGCUGCUGGGGGCGGCCGUGGGCACGGCGCUCUACCAGCUCCUCGUGGCCUUCCACCACCCGGCGGAGGACGGUGGCGGCGGCGGUGCCCGGGGGGCCAAGCGGGACAGCAGCAGCACCGCCAUCCCCCUGGGAGCCGGGCCCUGGGACAAGUGA